AGCAGGAGACGACGAAAGAGGAGGCGGACGAAGUAAUGGAGGGCGAGGGCGAGGGGGAGGCGGGGCCGGUGACGUGCGCGUCGUGGAUCCGGCGGUCAGAGAAGCAGCUCCUCGUGGUCAUGGGAAGGGCGAGGAACCGCUCCUGCCCGCCUUUGCUCGACAUCUUCGAGUUUAAUCCCAAGACCGCUUCCCUCUCCCCCGAUCCCCUGGUGAGGAUUGUGAUGAGAGAUGAGGAUGGCGAUCCGCUGGGUUUCGCGGUGCACCCGAGCGGCGAUGAGUUUGUCUGCUCCCUUGCAACUGGCUGCAGAUUAUAUGAGUUUGUUAGUCAAGAUUUGGGUAUAAAGCUUCUGUCUAAAGAUCUGGAACCUCUUCACUCCAUUGGUCCGCAGAAAUGUUUGUCAUUUAGUACAGAUGGUCUAAAAUUUGCUGUCGGUGGAGAAGAUGGACACCUCAGAAUAUUUCAUUGGCCAACCCUGAACAUUCUCUUAGAUGAACCAAAAGCUCAUAAAUCUUUUCGAGAUAUGGAUAUCAGCUUGGACUCAGAAUUCUUAGUAUCAACAUUUACCGAUGGUUCUGCAAGAAUAUGGAAGAUAAAUGAUGGUGUUCCACUAGUCUCUUUGACUCGCACUGCAGAUGAGAAGAUAGAGUGUUGUCGUUUUUCUAGAGAUGGAACCAAACCUUUCUUGUUUUGCACUGUCCAAAAAGGUCGUAAAGUGGUAACUGCUGUUUGGGACAUCAGUACAUGGAACAGAAUUGGGUACAAGAGGCUACAAGGAAAGCCUGUUUCUGUGCUUUCAAUUAGCUUGGAUGGAAAGUACCUUGGACUUGGCUGUGAAGAUGGUGAUAUGUGUGUAGUUGAAGUGAAGACAAUGACAAUCUCUCAAUGGAGCAAGAAGCUUCAUCUUGGCACACGCAUUAAGUUGCUGGAAUUUUGCCCUAAAGAAAGUGCAUGCAGGGUUGUUCUUUCUACUUCAAAUCAAUGGGGGGUGGUGGUCACAAAACUCAAUGUACCAGCAGAAUGGAAGGAGUGGCAGAUCUACUUGCUACUCUUGGGCUUCUUCAUGGCUUCCCUGUUGGUGUUUUACAUACUCUACGAGAAUUCUGAUUCAUUCUGGAAUUUUCCUCAAGGGAGAAACCAACCUGCAAGACCAUCAGCAACGGCCUUCACUGACCCUCAGUCUUCAGAUGACAGUCCUUGGUGAUGAGAUCAUACUUUGUAGGUAUUGGCCUACCUACCUUUGUGCAUUAAGUUAUUCUGGAGGCAGCAUUUGGCAACAACCUGUUUUGCUACUCCACAAAUGUUUUACUGAUUGCUCUGUUCAUGUUCUUGGUCUAAAAAGUUUGGCUUCUGAUACCUGUGGUGAAAUUUUCUCCUAAAUCUUGAUGGCUGUUCUAGAUGCAAUUUGUGAAAGUUCACUGUAUACUUAUUUAAGAGUUGCAAAUGAUUAACUUUCAGUUUUAUUUUGCU